AUGGCGGCGCAUGCUCUGGCGGGGGAAAUUUCCUUUGAACUUCAGGCUGCACGCGCGUCAGUCUAUGCGCGAAAAGAGCCAGAGGCGGUCGAGGUGUUCAAACGCGAGGUCUGGCGGCUCGCACUCGCAAAUUGCCGUUUGGAGCUCAGCUCCCACACCAGCGACCGCGUCCCCAAGGCUCUCCUGCCGUACUUCAAAAGAUGGCGGGAGAUGGGCAUUGGUAGGCUCACCUACCGAACGACGCAGGUCUUCACCGGGUAUGGUUGCUUCGGCGUCUACCUGUGUCGCAUAGGACGGGAAGCGACGGAAGUCUGGCACCACUGCCACGAGGAGGAGGACUCGACGCAGCAUACGCUGGAGGAAUGCCCUGCCUUUUCAGCGCCGGCAUUUCCAACCUCCAGGUCGGGUCAAAAACCACAACUUAGCUGA